GUUUCCAACAGGUCACCGAAGCAUCAGUUUUUUGCGUCCCUGUAAUACGCUAGCCAAAAUGAGGAGAUAGUAUUAUUUCAUAUUUCUCUGAUUGGUUAAAUCACAAGCAGAGUUUUUGGAGCUUACUUCAACCAAAUCCAUCAGCCAGUAGCAUUUUGUUGAUUGUCUUUGGCUGCAUAGCAUAUUUCCUUUAUGCUAGUCUCAUGGGAGGAAAAUGAACUGAUGUUUUUGCAGAACAAGCCUCCAUGAUUAAGGACUAACUUUUUAUUUGGAGGCAAGCAAAUUUGAGGCCUGAAUUGAGACCUUUGCUACUGUAAAUUAUUAAUUUUCUGAAGAGAAAGAUAUUAUUACAGGCAGCUGAUUCACAUUCAAGAUGGAUAUUUUUCGAUACACUCAAUAUAGGCCUAUGGGUUUAUACAAGGGCAACCCAGAUAAUUUGACAAACAGGUUUUUAGCCCAACAGAUGCCAGGACUUUUUCAAGAAAAGGAAUACAAUCUAGGAACGAUAAAUAAAGUUUUUACCUCACAGUGGCUGUCAGAUAGACAAGUAGUAGUAGGAACAAAGUGCAAUAAGAUAAUAGUAUUGGAUCUCCAGACGUGCCAGAUGAGUACAAUACCAAGCCUUAAAAGUAGUGACGAGAGUAUUGAGGCCGACUGUCCAUGUGGGAUUCACAGUAUUGCCAUCAAUCCAUCAAACACUCUGAUAGCCACAGGGGCAGAUCACACAAAUGAUCUAGCUGUUUACAGGUUGCCAACAUUUGAUCCAGUUUUCCUAGGAGAGUGUGGGCAUGAUGAUUGGAUAUUUGACAUCAAAUGGCUAGAUGAUGAAUUUUUAGUCACAGGAUCUAGGGAUAGUAAAAUGGCAUUAUGGCAGGUUAAAGAUGAUGAUGAUGGCAGUGUUUCUAAGUUAAAAAGCUUACAGGUGCCAGAAUAUGUAAUUUCUAAGCCAGUGGCAGUGAGGCAGUGUAGGAGAGCAGAGAAAGUGAGGGCACUGGCUUAUAACAAAAGAGAUCAGGAGAUAGCAGCAUUAUCAUUAAAUGGAUACAUACAUCUAUGGGAUGCAGUAAGGUUUUCACAAAAAAAUUACAGAAAAUUGUCCUAUACAAGAGAGAAUGUAUGUAUGUCUUUUUGUAACAAGAGGACAUUGUAUGCAGUUGGGUCACAGUCACAUGUCACUCUGAUAGAUCCUAGAACUAUGAAAAACAGUCUGACCAUAUUGUCAAGACAGAGGGGAUGUGGAAUACGGUCAGUGAGUUUUAAUGAAUCUGUAGUAACCAUAGGAACAGGAGCUGGUGCUGUGCUGUUCUAUGAUCUUAGGACAGGCAAAUAUUUACAGUGUAACUGUGGGCAUGCCUGUAUGCUGAAUGUGGGAAAGGGAUGGCUGCGUCAUGAUGAUGCCUAUCGAGACUUCUUCAUGGAUUUAGAAUAUCCCAAUGCCAUAUACACACAUUGCUAUGAUGCAUCUGGUACAAAACUGUUCACUGCAGGAGGGCCAUUACCUGCUGGACUCUGGGGAAACUAUGCUAGUGUGUGGCAAUAAUACAAGAAACAUUGCUGCACGUUCUUUUAACUGCAUUAUUUUGAAACUGCCAUAUGAAUAUUCAGUAGAGUUAAUAUACUGUAUAAUAUCUGCUACAUUUAAGAAAUAUUUAAUAUUAUUUUACAGCAUAAAUUUAAACAAUUACAGGUGUAACCUCUAUUUAUCAAGUUUAAUUUUUCAGUUUCACGGUUGAUUAGUAUUAAAAGGGAUCACAUUUCAUAGAUGGUUUGAUGCCUGUUUAAAGGGGCAUACAAAUUGAGGAAGACUGCUAUCAUAUUGUUGAGAUGAUAUAAGAAUGGUGUCUAAGAUUAUUUAUCUUAAAAGUCCUCACCAUGAGAUAAGUAUAUUAUUGGUCAAAACACCAUUUUAACUUCAUUUUCUGUCCAUUCUCUUUCACUGCACAGGCAAAUUUUACUACGCCUACUAUCUGGUUACCUAACCAGAUCAAACCAUUGCAGAUCAACAAGCUAUUGCAUCAUUCAAAGUUAUUUCAGUACAAGGUCUCUGAAUGUUUAAUGUCACAUUUACGUCUGUUGACAUGCCGUCGCCCUCUCUAUUAUUAUCCUA